CAUCCUUGCUAUGGCUACAUCUGCCACUGGGAAAACGCUGAGCUUUCGGGGCCGGUUGGGCGGCUGUGGCGAAGGCAGCGACGGGAACCCGCUUCCCGGGCGCGGUGGCGGCCGGCCGUCUGACUACUUCAUCGUUGUAGGCUAUGACCCCAAGAAGCUAGAAUUGAUCUCUCAUUUACAUCCUCCAAAACAAGAGAUUUCUAUUGCUAACUGUGUCUUUCCAUUCAUCUAUGGUGAUAAACUACACUACAAUUGUAUCUCCAUCCGCAGUGACUUUGAUUGGUGCUCCCUUGACUUUCACUUCAAAGGAAGGUGGCGUUACUGCACAGCACUGGAUCCUCCAAUGUGCAUCUUCCCUUUCCAAUUCAGAAAAAAGUCCAUUAAUGAAUGCACCAAGGAAGGCUACAUUUUGAAUCGGAGUUGGUGUUCAUUGACUGACAAUUACAACAAAGAUAGAAAAUGGAAGCAAUGUUCUCCUUACAACUUUUAGGUAACCUUGUGUGUUUUUGAAGACAGAAGUUACAGAUCCA